AUGUGUACGACUGUGACAUCAGAUGGUGUUAUUAUUGACAACAGUCCACCAACACCAGGCACUGUACAAGAUGGAACAGGAUAUUACGAUACAGAAUAUCAGUCACUGAAGAACUUUAUAUCAGCUAAAUGGUAUGGAUUUGAUGAUGCCCAGUCUGGUCUGGAGAAAUAUGAAUGGAAAGUAGGAACAAAGCCAGGUUAUAGUGAUAUUGUGCCUACUAUACAGCUUCAUUUGACAGAGACAGCAGCAUUAUUGAACUCAUCUAGUUAUAACCUUGACCUUCCUACAAACACCAGACUAUUUAUAACAGUCAGAGCUUAUAAUAAAGCAGGGUUAUGGGCAGAGUCAUCAUCAAGUGGCUUUAGUGUAGAUGAUACACCACCUGUUCUGUCAAAAGGAACGACAUUCUCAAACGACUUUGGAAUCAAUGAAAUGACUCAAAUAUAUAGGACAGCGAUGAAAGUUGAAUGGGAAGUUGAGGAUGCAGAAUCGUUUAUAAAGAGACAAUACCUGUCAAUCAAAUCUCAUAUUGGAGGAGAAUUCAUGCUAUCUUCACAGUCAGUCAAUGGUAUUGCCAGGUCCUAUGUAUUUACUGGUUUAGAUCUACAUGAUGGAGUGACAUACUAUGUGACAUUGAUUACUUGUAACAGUGCAGAUGUCUGUAUCUCAGAUACAUCACUGGGAAUGUUUGUAGACAGCACUCCACCAUCCAGAGGAAUGUUUGCAGUCAGUACUGACCAUGCUUCAGAUCCAGAUCUCUCCAGAAAUGAACAUGGAUGGAUGACCUAUGGAAGUAAUGCUGUGUAUCUUGCCUGGCUUGGUUUCAGUGACAUACAUUCACAAAUAGAUCAUUAUAUGGUCACUGUGGGAACCUCUUACAUGGCCAAGAAUCUAAAUAAGGAUCUUAAAACCAAGUAUAUCCAUGUAGAUAGCAACACAGACCAUGGUGAUGAGGGCAAAGUUCAACUGCAUAAAAUAGAGACCAUUGUAUUGACUGAGUAUGAAGAAGUAUAUAUUACACUGUGGGCUGUUAAUAAGGUUGGUUUAAGAAGUCACAUGAUUCAUUCAGCUUUUAAAAAGACUCCACCGAGCUACCUGGACUUGGUCAGAAGAUGUGAUGCAUUAUCUUGUGAAGGCCAUUGUGUUUGUUCUCCACAAGACCAGAAAUGUCCAUUUAAUCCAGAUCUUGAUAACUGUACUGAUAUAUCAGAUAGUGUAUUUUCCGGUACACAGUACACAUUAUUGUUAGUUAAGGACACAAAUGGUUAUACCACUGGUGACCAAGCUGUAACAGCAUCAGACAGUGUGCUGAGAGCUUCAUGGAUUAUAUCUCAACAGUUCCCCUCUAAACCCCUAUGGUAUGAAUGGAGUGUGGGUUACACAGUUAAUACAAUGCCAAUUGGUAUUUAUAACCCAGUCGAGGACAAGGUUUGGCAGGAUGCUGGUCAGCUAAUGGAUACUGUCUUCACUGUUGGACCAGAUCAACAGUUGUUAGAAAAUACAAUCAAAUAUUCUGUGUUUGUACGGAUAUGGUACACAUCUGACAUGUAUGCUGUAUUUAAGACGGAUGGUAUUGUGGUGAUGACACAGACACCAGCUUUAGCAACAGUCAGAGGAGCUGCUGUGAUAGAAAAAGUUUUCAAUACCAAUGUAAAGGAUGCUGAUUACAUGAGAAUAGGGGAGCCUAUAACAUUUAUGUGGAAGAACAAAUUCCUGAAUGCUGCAGCCACAAUUGAGAAAUACAAACUUUAUAUUAGUUCAUUUCCUGGUGGAUAUGACAUUCUGACCAUACCCACAGAUUUAGAUGGGACAGCUGAAGGAUUCAACAUGUCUAGAGUCAACUUAUCGCCGGGAAUAAAAUAUUAUUCUAAUGUCAUAGCUUAUAACUAUGCUGGUGUUCACACUACAUCCACGUCAGAUGGAUUCAUUAUAGAUCACAGAGACCCAUUUGCUGGGAUUGUAUAUGAUGGAUUAGGAGGACUGGAUGUAGAAUAUAAGAACUCCUCUGACAUAUUGGAAGCCCAUUGGCGUGGAUUUAUAGACACAGAGUCUGGUAUUCAGUCAUACCAAUGGUGUGUUGGGGUGACAACAUUUGUUCAUAGAACAUAUAGUCAAUCAGAAUGUGAUAUUUUACCUUGGACUAAUGUUGGACUUCAUGUUUCUGCAUCUCGUAACCUAUCAACAGUUAUCCCUGAUGGUACAAAAAUAUACAAUAAGGUCUAUGCUGUAGACAAUAUAGGAAGAACAUCAUCUAUUGUCAUCUCAGAUGGUGCCAUGGUGGAUAAAACACCUCCUCUUUCAGAAAAAUUCAUUCAUAUUGAUGAGAACAUUGUAGACAAUCCUUCAUUUGAAGACACAAGUGGUGAUCUAGUCUCAUGGGAUAAUGUUAGCACUACAGAUAUUUGUUUGAUUUCUAAUAGUUACCACCCAUUGUCAUGGAUACCAGAUCUAUCAACAUGCAUGGCUGUUAUAUCAUCUCGAGUAAAUUUAGCUAAAGACGGUCAGUCUUUUCUGUUCAUCAGAGGAAAUGUUCAGCAAAAACUUGUUGAAAUCAAGGCUGGAUGUUUUUACAAGAUUUCCUUUUUCUCAAGUCAUUUACCCAUAACAGAUUCUGUAGGAGCAAACAAAGAAGGAUUCAUACAACUUGGUGAUGACAAACAAAUUUUUCUGAUAUAUACAAAACCAUAUCGCCAUGAUGGACAUGGAGAGGGCAAUAGUAGGACAGAAAUUUCCUGGCAUGCUCACACCUUCUAUUUCAAAGCUACAAAUGACCAAGUUAAUAUCACUAUUGGUAGUAUGGACAUGACUACAGGGAUUUUUAUAGAUAAUCUAUCAGUGCAGAAGGUGAAUUUGACAACAGCAUCAUCAGGUGGUCAUGUGAUUGGUCAUGUGGUAUAUUUACAUGAAUGGAGUUCCAUACAUGGGUCAUGGAGUUUUACCGAUCCAGAAUCUCCAGUCAUAGAUUACAGCUGGGCAAUAGGUUAUGCAUCUGGAGGAACACAAAUACAGCCAUUCAAAAGUGUAGGAUUGAUGAACUUUGGGUUUAACAACAAUGUGACGCUGGUGCACAACACAUAUAUUUAUAUCACAGCUGUAGCAACGAAUGGGGCAGACCUGAGAGGAAUUUCUUACUCUGAUCCAAUACUAGUAGAUCUGACACCACCUGACAUCAAAUAUGUCAAUGAUGGAUUAGGAGGAGAUGAAGAUGCUUGGGAAUUUAAUGAAAUAGUAGCAAACUGGGACUUUGAAGAUCCAGAAUCUGGUAUCCUGUUCUGUAAAUGGGCUGUAGGUUACCAGCCUGGUGGAAAUGAGUUAUUACCAUACACAGUGAUCACAGCUUUGUCUGCAUACAAAGAACUUCCGUACAAUGCACUGAUAGGGAGAACAAUUUAUACCACUCUGACUUGUGAAAAUAAGGCUGGCCUAAUCUCUACUCUGUCUUCCGAUGGAGUAAAGAUAUCAAACAAGCCUCCAUCUAUAGCCUCAGCAGUAGUAGAAACCAUGCCUCUCUCCAUGACAGAGUACACUCCACAAAUCAAUAAACAGGGUGUUACAGACAAUAUUAGACUUAAAUGGACAGGAUUUUCUGAUGAUAUAGGUGUAGAAACAUUUAAGAUAUUUUACAGCAAGGAUGGCUUGUCAGAGUCAAUGUUCUUUGCUGAUGUACAAGAUGUACUGUACACACAUUUCACAGAGACGACAUUAACAGAAGGAUCAUAUGACUUCUCUGUUCAAGCAGUCAAUAAACUGUAUAAAUUCAGCAGCAAAGUAAAGGCAAAUUCAACAGUAGAUACAUCAGUACCCACAGUUGAUAAUUCAAAGAACCUGGAACUCAACUGGAUUGAUAACAAAGUGGUUGUAUCCUGGGACACCAUCUUUAGUAGUGAUGAUGCCCUGUUCUAUGAAGUGUCUUCUGGCUCUGCUCAAGCAGGUGUGAACAUUAUACAGUGGCAAGAAACCAGUAAUACUAGUAUAACAUUUGGCUUACCAGCAUCUGUGUCAGCUACCACUGGGUUACCAGUCCAUGUAACAGUUACAGCUGUGUCGAUCGGUGGACAUUCUGCAGUAAAAGUUGGGCAAUUUAUUCUUCCAUGAACUUUGACCUAAAUUAUAUAUGCCUUUACUUACUGAGAUAUGCAUUUAUUAUGUUUAAAAAUUGACAAAUACCAAAAUAUUGAAGCUUGAAUUCAAGGAAAAUUGAUUUAUAAUAAUAUUUUUCAAAAGUGCUCAUUUAUCCCUACCUUCGUCUGUUUUUUUGUUAAAAUCUAGUUGAUUUUUACGUAUGUGCAUUACACCUUAAUGAUAUACCUUGUGUGAAUUUUUUUUAAUUGGAAGUUACAUACAUUUCUAUAUAUACAUCUAUGAAACAAUUUAUAGGUGUAAUUAGCUUAUUGAAAAUGCACUAAUAAAAAAAGUUUAGCAACACAACUUCUGACUGAAAAUAAAGUAAAGCAAAACAUUGAUUUAUCUUACAAGUUUGUGUUUUCUUAAUCUUUAAUCAAUUUUGUAUUCAAAAGUACUACAUGUAUGUUGGUCAAAUUUCUGAAAGCUACACUGUUUGCAAAAUUUGAUGGAAGGGGUCAGAAUUGAAAGUCACAAUUUUAACAAUUGUUUUGCACAUGGUCUAGUUUGAAAAUGCAUACAACACACAAAAUUAACAAAUUGGUGAAUCUGAUGGCAUAAUUGAUUACAUAUGAACAGAAACUUACAUUUACCUUGCAAAAAAGAUUUUUUUUUAUUGGGAGGGGCACUUAUUUUACCCCCUAAAUUUUUAUCAUAAUUUUUUUGAAAGAUUGGAACUAUUGUUCCAAAUCUUUCCUAAGGAACCCAUCUUUAAAACAGGAAGUAGCACUGAUUAGAUACUAAAUCUAUACACACUGAAAUAUAGUUCCCUAUAAUUCUCAUGUCUGUUUACAUAUGUACAUAUGAACUGUGAAAAAUGUGGGUUAUAUCUUUGGAGCAGUUUAUUCAAGUAACUUCCAAACUUCUACGUCACUUGGUCUCUAGUGGAGAGUUGUCUCAUUGGCACUCAUACCACAUCUUACUUUGAUUCAGCCAUGCUGGAUCUAUGCGAUCACUCUGGUUUUGGAGAUGGUGCUGAAUACUAAGUUGAAGACAUAUCAUGAAACUUAUAAUGUGUUUUUAUGACUUGCAGAAACUUUCUACACCAUUUUAAUCAUCAACUGCCAACUUUUGACAUGUUAUUUGCCCUUAAAUUAAGAAAAGAUUGGUUGAACAACCCUUUUAUUUUAGAUAUACACUUGCAUAUAGUUCCUUUGUAAAUCAAAAUUUAUGAUGAUUUACUAUUUAUGAAUUAAUUUGAAAAAGUAUUGUACAUCAAUUGAAUCAGUUGAUAAGAAUUUUGAAAGUAUUAUAUUAGUAUCUUAUGCUUGUGUAAAUUAUUGUUCAAUGAAAUUUGGGUCAACAUGUGUAUUAAUAUAUCUAAGUUGAUUCCCACACUUUUUUGAAAUGGUAUUACUCAAAUUAUUUCCAUAGAUAAGUAAGAGUCAGAAUGAUUAUCAACUGUCAUGAUUUUCAAAUAAUUACACUCAAAGGUGUAUAAAUUGAAAACAACCCCAGUCUUAAUUCACCACAGUUAAUAUCUCAUGACCUGUUACAUAAUUAAAUACACCUAACUGAAUACACACAUUCUUGAUCUCAAUAGUAAACCUACAAAUGUAUUAUUUAUUUUGAUCUACACUACAUUAAAAUAUUCAGUUAAUUUUGCUAGCUAGGUGAAUGAUAUUCAGAUGUUUUUUUUUCAAAGAAAAGACAAAAAAUGAAAAAAAAUAUGUAUAAAAAAUGCAAGCAAAUUUUAUUUUACUUGUAAAGUCAGUGUCAUUAUCAUCUGACAUAAGUCAAUACUCAAGUUCUAAUUAAUUAGUUACAAUUAUCAGAAAUUUGGUUGAAACAAUAAACAAAAUUGCAUAACUCUUACCUGAGCAUUUUCUGCAAUAAAAUUUAUUUGUUUGUUCUACAUUUAUAUCCCAUUAUAUUGCUAUUUAACAGCAAUUGGAAAUAUCUCCGCAUUAGGUUUUUGAACAUUUAAAUUUGAAUACAGGAAAUGUAUUUUUUCUUAAUGAAGAAUGAACACCAAUUUAGAUAAAAAUAGUUAUUAUUUCUUUAAAUUUUUGUUGUUGAGAAAGUGCAUUUCCAAGGCCUCUUUCUGGAAAUUAUCAAGCCAAUUAUUAAUAAUGGCAUAUAAAAGAAUAUAUUACUUGUUUGACGAUUUCCCUUUCCAUUCAUGUCAAUUCCAUUAAAUUGCAAAUAUUUAAAAAAAAAAAAAUCUGACAGAGUCUAAAAUUGAAAUAUCAAUAUAUAUAUAUCAAUAUUUGCAUCAAUAUUGCGAAAUUCCCUACCUUUGGACAAUAACAUAGAAAUUUUACAGUAAGACUGGAAAUAAAAAGAGAAAAAAAUAUUGAAAAAAGUAUGGUCAGAAAGAAUAUCAGACUAGCUAUGAAUAUGGCUGGAUCACAACAUCGACGAUGCUUUGAUUAUAUGUUUGUCUUUAGUUUUGUCAAUUUGCCAGCUAUUUUUGUCAUUUUAAUUACCAUAGGUAGGAGUAAUGAUAUGAUACCAGUGUCAUCACAGUAUGAUUGACAACUGUCAUGAUCAUCAAACAGUCAGAGACAAGAUGGGACCUUGAUUAGAAUGUCCCACUUCCUUAGAUGCCAAUCAUAAUGACCAAAUUACUAAUCAGCAUCAGUCUUUCAACCAUAAAUUAGUAUUUUUAUUCAGAGAUGUAAAUAUGAUACAUGUGUGUGCCAAAGCCUGUUAUUUAAUUUUAAGAAGAUGUAAAAAUUUUAUUUAUUGUAUAUAGUACUUUAUUAAUAUUGUUUAAUGUAUUAUAUCUAUGCAUUUCAAUAGUCUCUUAUAAUUCUGUAUAGAAUGGCUCUCAUUUUAUGUAGUAUUGUUUUAUAAUUUAUAAAUAUGAUUGUACUUGUUGAGAGAUGAGACUUUAAUAAAACGUUGAAUUGAA